AUGCUUCCUACUCUCCCCCAACUGAGCGACUACGAUGUGUCGGCCAAGAAUGGCUUCCUGCCUGACGAAGUACCUCUCGAUAUCCUGCCAGACCGAUACUACCAGCCAUGGGAAACUAUUGUUAGCAAUUUCCAAAACUUGAUACUUGCCAAGCGACUGCGCCGGAUGGUUGACACACUGCCUGUGCUGGACACCGACCUUCUCCUCACAGAAGCCGAAUGGCGACGAGCUUACUCGAUCCUGGGCUUCAUUGCACACGCAUACAUUUGGGGAGGUGACAGGCCCGCCGAUAUUGUCCCACCGUCCAUCUCAAUUCCAUUUCUCGAGACAUGCAAGCAUCUCGAGCUCCCGCCUGUCGCUACGUUUGCUGCGGUAUGCUUGUGGAACUGGCGACCCCUUUUCCAGGGGGAGCCUACGGACACUCUGGGCAACCUUGCGACACAGAUGACAUUUACUGGUUCCAUGGACGAGUCAUGGUUCUAUUUGGUGUCUGUAGCAAUUGAGGCACGAGCCGGACCAGUCAUUCCGAUGAUGAUCGAAGCGAUUGCGGCUGCUCGUCGAAACGAUAGCAACAUGGUCGUGCAGUGCCUGCGAUCAUUCGCGGAGCGAUUAGAUGAGAUAGGCACCCUCCUAGAGCGCAUGUACGAGAGCUGCGAUCCACACGUGUUCUAUCACCGUAUCCGCCCUUUUCUUGCUGGAAGUAAGAACAUGGCCGACGCUGGUCUUCCAAACGGAGUCAUGUUUGACGACGGCACUGGCCAACAGCCCUACGUGCAGUUCAGUGGUGGCAGUAACGCACAGAGCUCCAUCAUCCAAUUCUUUGACGUCGUCCUGGGAGUUGAGCAUCGACCUACCGGUGAGAAGCGAACAGAUGUGGAGAAUCCGGCACUGUCUGGGCCGUCUCACGGAUUUAUCCAGGACAUGCGCAAUUACAUGCCGGGACCUCACCGUAGAUUCCUCGAACACAUGGAGAGCAUCGCCAAUAUCCGGGAGUACGUUACGUCAAACCGGAACAACCGCGCUCUGACUACGGCCUACGAUGCAUGCCUAGCCAUGCUGCGUACUCUUCGCGACAAGCACAUUCAGCUUGUCUCGCGCUACAUCAUCAUCAAGUCGCGAGAGACACGAUCCAAUUCAAGUUCAUUGUCGUCCAAGCAAGCCUCCACUCAGCGCGUCAACCUUGCCAAUACAAUGGCUCGCUCUGGUAGCAAGAAGCUUCGUGGUACAGGUGGCACGGCUUUAAUUCCUUUUCUCAAGCAGGCUCGCGAUGAGACUGGUGAGCCUGCCAUCGAUGCCUGGGCGAAGCGCCUGCUCAACAACGGACCUGCAGAGUUUGGCGCAUUCCUAGGCGUCGACGAUGGAGUCGCAAGACCCGGCAAAGUCUCAGCUGGUUUCAACGGCGGAGUUGAGAUUGUCGGGCUUGCCGGUACCUGGAGUGUCGACGAUAGCGAGGGAGGUAUCUGUCACUGGUGAUUUGUAUGACAUGGUGUUUGAAGAAUGCAUUCUACUCUGGCGUUUUGAGACCUUGGGAAUUGGCGAACAUACCCCUACUGCAGCUGAG